AUGGGCACAGGAGCCGAAGCACCGGUCCCGCCCUUCACGCGCCCGAGGGGCAGACGUGACUGGCAUCCGAGCGGCGACAGAUUUGACGCCAUUCAUCAUAAUUAUGUGCGACAUAUCCGCCUGAGCAUAAGUAUCAUGGCGGCUAGCGUUGAUCCUGGGGAUUAUAUGGCCUCUAACAUGUCCUCCUCCUCCUCCUCCACCUCCUCCUCCCCUCCCCCUCCUCCUCUUCCUCCUCCAACUAAUACAGAAACUGAUGAAACGCAGACAAAGGAAAGAGACCUGCUGAAGGCAAUUUCGCAAAGGAGGCGCCAUCAGAAGAAGGGCGGAGGGCGCGGACGGCCGAAGGGGAGACCCGCAGCCCACCCAGUCCGAGACCGAAAGGGAGACCUGCAGCCCAGUCCGAGACCGAAAGGGAGACCUGCAGCCCAGUCCAAGACCGAAGGUGAGAUCCGCAGCCCAGUCAUAGACCGCAGGGGAGACCCGCAGCCCAGUCCGAGACCGAAAAGGAGACCUGCAGCCCAGUCCGAGACCGAAGGGGAGACCCGCAGCCCAGUCCGAGACCGAAAGGGAGACCUGCAGCCCAGUUCGAGACCGAAGGGGAGACCCGCAGCCCAGUCCGAGACCGAAAAGGAGACCUGCAGCCCAGUUCGAGACCGAAGGGGAGACCCGCAGCCCAGUCAUAGACCGAAAGGGAGACCCGCAGCCCAGUCCGAGACCGAAGGGGAGACCCGCAGCCCAGUCAUAGACCGAAGGGGAGACCCGCAGCCCAGUCAUAGACCGAAGGGGAGACCCGCAGCCCACCCAGUUCGAGACCGAAAGGGAGACCUGCAGCCCAGUCCGAGACCGAAAGGGAGACCUGCAGCCCAGUCCGAGACCGAAGGUGAGAUCCGCAGCCCAGUCAUAGACCGCAGGGGAGACCCGCAGCCCAGUCCGAGACCGAAAAGGAGACCUGCAGCCCAGUCCGAGACCGAAGGGGAGACCCGCAGCCCAGUCCGAGACCGAAAGGGAGACCUGCAGCCCAGUUCGAGACCGAAGGGGAGACCCGCAGCCCAGUCCGAGACCGAAAAGGAGACCUGCAGCCCAGUUCGAGACCGAAGGGGAGACCCGCAGCCCAGUCAUAGACCGAAGGGGAGACCCGCAGCCCAGUCCGAGACCGAAGGGGAGACCCGCAGCCCAGUCAUAGACCGAAGGGGAGACCCGCAGCCCAGGAGACCUGCAGCCCAGUCCGAGACCGAAGGUGAGAUCCGCAGCCCAGUCAUAGACCGCAGGGGAGACCCGCAGCCCAGUCCGAGACCGAAAAGGAGACCUGCAGCCCAGUCCGAGACCGAAGGGGAGACCCGCAGCCCAGUCCGAGACCGAAAGGGAGACCUGCAGCCCAGUUCGAGACCGAAGGGGAGACCCGCAGCCCAGUCCGAGACCGAAAGGGAGACCUGCAGCCCAGUUCGAGACCGAAGGGGAGACCCGCAGCCCAGUCCGAGACCGAAAGGGAGACCUGCAGCCCAGUUCGAGACCGAAGGGGAGACCCGCAGCCCAGUCAUAGACCGAAGGGGAGACCCGCAGCCCAGUCCGAGACCGAAGGGGAGACCCGCAGCCCAGUCCGAGACCGAAGGGGAGACCCGCAGCCCAGCCAUAGACCGAAGGGGAAUCUCUCAGCCCAGUUCGAGACCGAUCCAGCCUGCUUUCAGAAGCCCAGAUUCUUCCUCUUCUUCUUCUCCUUCUUCAAAUUCUUCAAGAAUAACAAGUAUAAUCAGAGAAACUCCUUAUUUUUCUCAAAGAUUUGCGCCUCCCAUGGAAAUUACUGACGCCCCCCAGGGGCGACUCCAGAAUUAUGCAAUACCGAGGCUUCUAGUACGAUACAGCGGUGAAAAUGAGAAGCGUUGA